UCGUCUUCCACCAGGCAUUAUUCCUGUUUACCGGCUUUUAUCAAUCCAUUGCCGCACAAUACUUAUAUUAUCAAGGAGCUGCCACUGGGACAAGCCUUCUUACAAACACCGCACAAUAUGUGGGUAUGGCGUCAGUUGGGUUCUUACUUCUUCCCGGAUGGUGGGCAAAGAGGAAAAGACGUAGAGUUAUCAUUGAGGGAUCGAACGAACUGGAAUUCGACCUGCUGGAUAUAGACCAUAAGAAAACGCGAUCGCAGAACGAUUAUCAGCUAAUAUCAAAUGUUGCUGAUGAGGAAACUUUGGCGGACGACGCGUCAAUGUUAGGCUCAACCAAACUAUCAGAGCUUAAGGAAUUUAUAAACUAUAAAUUUAUCUUUGCCGCCUCGCUUCUGGACAUAAUAGCAAAUUUCACGUUAACGAUAGGCUUUUUCUAUGUUGGAAGUGGAAUGUUUCAAGUAAUUUACAGUUCUGUGGUUGUGUGGUGUGCCGUACUUUCAUUUCUUUUUCUUGGACGGAAACUUUCUUUGUUGCAAUCAUUAUCUAUUAUCGGUGUAUUCUUCGGACUUGCACUUAGUGCCUUAGGAGUCUCUCAGGAUUCUGAUCAUGAAGCGCCACCUCCAGCCACAUCAACUGGCCCAGCCCUGCUUCAUUCCUUUAACAUGUCCUCAACGAUGUUUGGAAUGCUUUUGACGUCGAUUGCAACAUUCGGAUACGCCUGCGUAUAUGUUGUUACUGACCAAUUGGUGUCGAUCCGAACUCCAAAUACACUGCCACUGAAUCCUGAGAAAGCAUGCUUUCUCGUGGGAAGUGGCUGUACCGGAUUAUCUUUGAUGUAUAUUACUCUCUACACCAUACCUAAUUGGGAUAAACUAGUCACUCAAGAAAUGGCCAAGAAAGUUCCUCAUGCUAGCGACUUUAUUAUUGUUUUGACAUAUUUGGUGCUUAUAGUAGCAUCAUUUGUUCAUAACUUUGCUUAUUACUGGCUAAUGAAGAGGCUCGGCAAUGUUUCCACGGGAUUACUAAAUUCCAUAAGAGCGAUCGUAGUAUUUGGACUAAGUCACAUAUUAUUUUGCGGCAUUGACUCAGGUCAAUGUUUUAAUGUCUGGAAAGGAUGGAGUACAAUUGUGGUGAUCGGUUUUGUAACA